AUGUGGAACACCGUCUCCGUCGAUACGCCCGUCCUCAACAACUUCCUUGAGAGCAUCGGAGGGCUUGUCCAGGGUCGCGAUGGGGCAAAGCUGCAGGACUUCCUGCAACUCGAGCCACCCCUCUCUGCCGUUUACAACCAGAUGAUUGCUGAAUUGCAGAAAAGGUACCCAGCCGGUAGUGGUAAAGACACAGAAUUACUCUCCAAAUGCGAAGGACAGAUGGCUGAAGGUCAGUUGAGGAGUUUGUGGCCGGCUUUUCCACUCUUCAUGCGCCUAUAUCUGACCUUCUUACGGGAUGUGAACGUGGAUAACCUUCUGGAAACAUAUAAUCUGCUCAAGGGCUUGCUGAACCAGAGUGUCAUUGCCCUAGGUGACAGCCAUAUGGGGGUUGUUAUCCUGCCCACCGUCUUCUAUCUAAGCAAAGUGCUCUCUAAACUUGCAAUUGGGCUUGACCGCCAACCAGAGCUGAUUGCUCAUCUACUGAGGCGCGAAGGGGCAGAGUCAGGCCAAGGCGAGACUGGGGAGAAAGUCACGCUUGUGGAAAAAUCAACAAACAUCGUUCGAGAAGCCUUUAUUAAAUGUCUGACGGAUAGAGGUGGCACCUCAGGGAUACAUGCGAAGCCAGAAGGAAAAAGAGCAGGAAUAUACUUGAUGGCAAAUCUAUGUCUGAAGCUCCUUUUCAAGUGUGGAAAGCUACGCAACGCCGAACAAAUGUUUGCGAGCAUCAACUCACAGUCACCGCCACUCGAAUAUUUCCCUGCUUCGCAAAGGGUGACCUACCUGUACUAUCUUGGACGAUACCUCUUUUCAAACAACUUAUUCUAUCCAGCCAUGAUAGUUCUGGAAGCAGCAUACAAACAGUGUCACCGGCAAGCAUUAAAACAGCGAGGGAUGAUUCUCACAUAUCUAAUACCAUGUAAUAUCAUUCUUGGCCGGUUCCCGUCACAAACACUCCUUCAAAGGCCAGAGGCUGAAGGACUAGGAUAUAAAUUUAUACCCCUCUGCCAGUAUAUUGCAAGGGGGGAGGUGCAUUCCUUCAGAGACUAUUUCUCUGUCAGCUCACCACACGCUGAGUGGUUCGCCAGGAAGGGGCUUUUACUCCCACUCCGCAAUCGAUGCGAGAUCCUGGUUUGGCGGUCUCUUACUCGGAAAGUAUUUAUUCUAGCUGGCUUUCACGGAGACCAGAAAAUGCAGACACAGCGAGGGCCACCGCCUUUCCUAUACCUGCAAAAGCUCGAAGCAGCUGUUCGCUGGCUCGACAGCCGCACAUCACCUUAUUCACGCCAACUGCUGACCUCAAACCGACCGAGGCAAGCUGGUCUGCAGCUCACUUCAUUCCCACUAGACCCCGACUUCAUCUCCGAAGACAACUCAACGUCUGAUUCGGCGGAAGAUUCCAAAUUCGACGACUACAAUAAUCCCGACUGGUACUUUGACCACACUGGUCACCGUGUUGAGGUCAAGAGCCCAGAUGACCUGCCCGUCGAUGGGCUGGUGGACGAUGUGAUUGGGAUCCCAGAUCCUUACUCAAGCUUGCCACCAGAAGACGAGCAGCAGCCUAUAAACGGCAGCCAAGGUCCGGAAAGUGCUUCUUCAUCUCCUCUGAUGCAAGAACUAGAGGCCAUCCUCGCCUCUCUACUCACCCAGGACCUCAUGCGAGGCUAUCUUACCCACAAGAACCCACGAUAUGCCAUACCGGGAGCCAGACUGAAAGGCGCCCUCCCCACUGGCUUCCCAAACGUGUGGCAGACUAUCUAUGCGCGGGAACGCGAAGAUGACCAGAUUCCCGGAUGGGUCAAGCCUGCGACAGGCUCUGGCGGCGGACGUAGAGCGCUAGGGGUGAUUCCGGGAAGCGGCGGGCGAGUGGUCAACCUGAGCGGCGCCAGAUCCAUCAGUGAGAUGACAGGCUCGGGAUGA